AUGGCAACGUCCGAUCGCAGUGGCGGAGCGCGCCGCAGCGAUCCGAAGCACAAGAAGAUCGAUCGCGCUCGAAGCGCGCCGGCCCAAGCGCGCAAACCAUCGUCUUAUGGCCCGCAGGCGCAUCCGCGCAAGUCGCUAGCCCACGCGCGCAAGAUGCCGGCGCAUGAACGAAAGGUGCCAUGCACACCGCGGGACCCAGGGCACAAGCCGCCGUCUCGAGCUCACACGCCGCCGGACAAUGCGCGCGUAGCCAAGCCAAAACGCGACAAGUAUGGCGACAUUGAGCCCGCGCCACCGACGCCAGCGGAACAGACGCUCAUGGACCGUAUCAUGUACGAUCGCAACGACUGGAAGCAAGUGUACCUCGCGGCGUACAUGGCCCGCAACUUUCUCAAUGGCGCAAGCUCCCUUGGCGACCCGUCGCCCAAUGCCAUGGCAGCCAAGCUCGAGGAGUGGCUGGGGACCUACCUCACGCGCACGUUCCCACUCGUCCGCGCCAUGUCCAAGUUCCUCAAAGAGACGACGCGGGCGACCGACCAUGACCGUCACAUCCACCUCGUGUUUACGAUGGCCGCCAAGAUCGCAGCUGGCUACGUCGAUGAGCUCGGCGACGCCCGUGGGCUCUCGGAAGAUGCGCUCCGAGUGCCCCGGCUAUUGGCCAACUGCGCACUCAAGGAGCUUGCCGACUCGCACUGCUUGAAGCACCGUCUUCCCGGCGGUGUCAACACGAUGCGGCACACGAUCCUCGGGCGAAAAGCACUUGACGUGGACAUGACGACCGAGCGCGGCCGCCUUGCGCUCUAUACAGCAUGCCUCGGCGAAAAUGCGCUGGACGCGGCGACGCGCGAGAGCUUUGGCCCACUGAUUGCAAUGGCGCUCUCGCAGCGCGCGGCCGGCGUCCGUGUCGUCGCGUCCUUUACCUCGUACAUGCACGUUGCCCAGGACAUGCCUCGCGACGGUCGGUUCGUGGCACUGACCGUCUGUCGGCACAAGCCGCCCGUGGACGGCGCCAAGGACAUUGAAGUCGAAUUCGAAGAGUCGCUCGCGGGGCUCUUCCACGAGGGCACGCUUGUCUCGUUUGAGUUUCACGGUCUCUCCUCGGGGCAAUGGUACGCCGUGAGCCCUGGCCGCAUCUACCCGAGUUUUUACUGCCCCUGUCGGCGCGUCUCGAUCGAGCCGCGACCACGACCACGACCGGCACAGCCGCGCCGACAGGAGAUGCCGAGCGUGCGCCAUGGCGUGUCGCAUGCCGUCGCAUCGAUGGGCGCUGCCUUCUCGAGCGACGACGAGAACGAAGAGAAGAAGGCACCCCCGCCGGCCGCCGCGCCAAAGGGCAUUUUAGACAUUGCGCGCAAGAUCCAGUCGCCAGCGAGCCUUUUGCUGCUGCAAAAUGCAAACAAUGACCAACCGCCAGCACGGAGUGCGCUUAUGAACCUGCUGGCUGACGCGAUUCCGUCGACGCUCGUGUCAGUCGACGCGCAGCGCAAACGAUCUCGACCGCAUGGGAGCUCGUUGGCGGAGCGCGUACAGAAGAUGUCGCGGGUCGAAGUCAUGGACAACUACGGCAGCGACUCGGAGCCGGGCUCGACCACCGACGUCGGUGUUUCCGGGCACGUGUCACCGGCCUCAAACGACGGGGACGCGUGGCGCCCAGAGACUGAGUCGUGCCAAGCUACACCGCUCUCGCCGACCAGUUCAAUCGGAUCAACAUCGUCCAGCCGCAUUGAUGAACACUACGACGAUGGCAUUGGGUGGAAUAUGGAUCUGGCAAGCGACCAGGACGGCGACAACGCACCGUCGCUCGGCCCACUGCUCGGUUGCAAUCUCGGCUCCAUCGAGCACGUAUCCGCGCACCCGUUGGUGGACGGUAUGGCAGCAAACGCCGCUGGCAACGAUUACGUUCGCGAGCUCAUCGAAGGUACCAGAGCGACGCCCGACCGGCCUCGCGUCCCUUUGACGAGCGCUGUCACAUGCCUCGUGGGCCACAACAAAGACAACGACGAGGCGGAGCCCAGCGCGGCACUCUCGACGGCGGGUCUUAAGAAAGUGCACGCCGAAAGCGCAGCCAUGUCCGCCGUCGCUGUGGACGCUGGAGAGCAAGCUGCUCACGACGUGAUGUGUACACCGCAACACCACGACGGCAUCCACGCACCCGAGUCCCUUGACGACGAAGUAGCCGCGACACAAAUGUCUGCGUCCGUAAACAUCGAGAUGUCCAGCACCUGCAUCGACGUCGCUCAUUGCACGUCCAACCCGAAAAGGGUGGCUGAUGGUGCAACCGGGGAUGUUCCUGACGUACAAGAGCUUGCUUCAGCGGGCGUCGUCGCGCCUGGGGAUGGCGAGAAGGAGGUCGCGACCAUCGACGACGAUACCCGCGCGGCUGAUGUGGCCGCCGACAACGCUCUGUGUGUGCGUAGCACGGACAACAAAGUCGUGACGUGUGGUGACCAGCCUACACCGACCCUGGUGGUACCAGCGAUCUCGGACUUCGUCGACCCGGAGGGCGCGGGAGCUCUCACACAAGACGCCAACACCGCCGGUACCCAAGCGGCGUUACUCGACGUCCCAAUCAACACCGACCGCUCAUCUCAACAUGACGAAGCGACGCCGCUGGAUGACGCCGCGGUCGACGUUCUCGUGCCUGACCCAAAUCACAGCUCCGUCCUCGACGUCGGCAUGGACACGAGUGAUGGUGGUCAUUACCAAGCGGUGGACGUCACGAGCGCAGUGGGUGAAGACGAUGCGAGUGAGACGGAAGAGGUUUUUGUCGAGAUCUUUGAGAUCGAAGAUAGCGAUGACGACGACGAGGUACGACGUGACGCGUCGGCGGACGUGGACAUGGAUGGCGACAAUGCGACGGCCGACGCACGUGGGGAUGAAGAAGACGAAGGCAUCGACGAGUUUGUCGAAGUCUUUGAAAUCCUCGAUGACGACGACGACGACGAGCUGCUUCAAGACGCCUCCGACAACGGGCGCGACGUCAACUCCGAAAGCGCGUCGCGGCUGCUCGCGGUCACUCUAGAUACCAGCGUCGACGCGCUCGCGAGCGUUAAGAUGGGCGGUGGCACGCCCGCCGACAUGCUUCAAGGCGAUGACGCGCUCGCCGUCAGCGACGCGGACGGUGAUGACGCGCUCGACGUCAGCGACGCGGACGGUGAUGAAGAAGCGCUCGCGGCGCCCUCCAACGCAGUCAGAGACAGUGGUGCAUCGGAAGAGAUAGCAAUCGUAAACACGGCCGACCGCUCUGCGCCCGAGAGCAACGGUGGUAGCUUCGUCGAAGCGUCGGCGGCUCCAGAACUACAAGGCAACGUCCGACCUGCCUCGAUGAACGACAAGAGCACACAUCGUUUGGCUACAGCGGCGUCGGUCAGCUGUGACGACGCAGCUCGGUACAACGGCGAUAGUGUCCGUCAUGAGUUAGCUGCUUACCACGACACGAUCGAGAUCGACGACGGCGACGACAACGAGCCACCACCAGUCUGUACUCUCGAUGUUGGGCCAACGUCUGCGCUUCCCACUUUUGACGCAUCUGCACCCGCCGUAGCACGUGCCAACCCGCCACCCAACCAAGUCGAAGAGCAAGAUGAUGAUGAUGCGUCAGUCGUCAUCGAGGUGUCCGGCAACAUGGUGUCGCCUGUGUCGAUCCAAGUCGCCUAUGAAGCACCACCGUUGCCGUCGUCGCACGAGCCCCGAGUCGACGAAGCGACAUCCCGCGAUGAACAACUCGGGCUGUUCGACGCCAUCGAUGACGCAGCCGUGCCGAGUCCCAACGACGGUCAUCUUGAAGUGCGCACAGCGGUGAUCGACGCUGCGGUCGCGCUGGCAAGUGAGACGUCGCCAAGUCCACGGGGGGUCGAUCUGCCUCUCGACGGUGCAUUUGCAAGCUUGCCCGAAGGCAACUCGUUUCUUACUCUGCCGAGACCGCAUCAUGACGUUGACCCACCUCCACUAUCGCCUCCACCGCCACCUCUUCCGUUUCUACCACCGCCCGGCAUUGAUAUCGGUGCAGCGUACGCCGCGUCGAGUGACGAUUACAAUAGCAUUUCGUCGUCGUCGUCCGACGAAGCACCGCCGCCACCACCACCCGAAGUCCCGCCGCUGUCACCACCCAGAGACAUGGCGUGCGUGGUCCGGGUCAAAUUGCCGACGGCCAUAAAGCGACAAAUGAUUGGUGCACCAAAGCGCUCUCGGCCGCAGCCCAUCUACAACUCCGACAUGUACGAUCUCGAGGCCAGCGCAUCAAGCCCCGACGACGCGUCCGACUACGAAGAAGGCGGUGAAUGUGGUCCUCGUCGCCAGAAACGGCCACGGCGCGCACAGAAAAAGCUUGCUGUGGCCACCAUCGAUCUGACGGGCGACUCUGACAGCUCGGCCAGCAUCCCGCCGUCGACCGUAUCAUCGUCCGAUUCGAGUAGUGAUGAGAGCUCCGAGGACGACGAAGGCUCUGAAGACGAGCUGUAACUUUGCAAGCCACCAUUUUAACACGUUGGUUGUCUCUCUUG